GGUGGUCUGAUGGUGGGAGGAGCCGGUGCACUUUACCCUGCAGUCAGAGGACAUCAGCGGUUCUGUCCACGUCCUGCGACCCCGACCAACUCAAGAUGGCGGAUCAGGUAAAGUUCGACGCUGCAGCAGCCGAGGUGAAGCAGCUGAAGACCAAACCUCAGGACGACGAGAUGCUGAAGCUCUACUCUCUGUUCAAGCAGGCCUCUGUGGGUGACGUGAACACAGCUCGUCCAGGGAUGCUGGACUUCACGGGGAAAGCUAAAUGGGACGCCUGGGAGAAACAGAAAGGCAAAAGCAAAGAGGACGCCAUGAAUGAGUACAUCCAGCUGGUGGAGGAGCUGAAGCAGAAAUACGGAAUCUGACUACGGGAAUUUGCUGCUAGAUGGAUUAAGACCAGUCAUCCUUCAUGCCAACUGUGUGAAACGCCUUAAAACCUGUGAACGAGUUACCACGAGUACUUCAGGGACCACCGGACCUGAAACAGACCCUCACACUGUUUCCACCUCCGUGUCGUUGUCGUCCUUCGUUCAGAUGGUCCUGUCAUUUCAAAAUAAAAGUUUUCUCAGUA